AUGACAGCAAAGUUUCCUCUAUGGCGAGGUCUGCAGAGGAGGAAAAACCCCAGUAGCUUGUCUUGGAAAAAGUUAGUCUUGGUCCGUUUGUCUUGAGUGUAUUUGAAGUCUGUGUAGUAUUUUAAACCAUUUUAUGGAGGAACUAUGGCACAAAAUGACACUCAUCCACUUUUGGGGAUAUUUAAUUCAUUUAAUCACAGUGACAUGCUGCUGGCCUUCUGUUUGUCAAUGCUGGUAGGAUUACUCCUUGGUGCCUUGGUGUAUGUCCUCCUCACCUGGGCAUCUCGUCGAAAAGCCACAGCAAAAAUCACCCGUCGAAGUAAAAAGAAAUCUGUCUCUUCCUCACGUUCUUCACACCCCAUGAGCUCUCACAUGGGCCUGUAUCGAAGCACCUUCCUCAGUGUGUACAGGCAGCCCUCCCUGGAGCCCGUGGGCCCUCUGGGGUCUAAACCCAGUCCAGAAACCUCCACGUUCAGGCCUCUGCCAAAGAAGAACCGUCCCAGUCUGGACAUGGGGGAAGACACCAAAGUGUUGGAGGACAUGACUUCUAACUCUGACUCUUCUUCCCCGGUCCCAAACAAGAGACACUCAUUCUGGCUGGGCAAUAAUGGACUCAAAGGAUUCUUUCCUUUACAGUCCUCACCCCCUGCCUAUGACAGUGUGAUCCAUGCCUUUGAGGAGACUUGCACUUGAUGUGUUCUUUCAAGAUCUAUUAUUACGGGUAGAGCUGGACUUCUCAGUUGUGAGAGGAUACUCUUUGGACUGUCAAUGGUUAACACUUUUUGAAAAACCAAAACAAGCACUUGUGCUCUGUGCUGUCAUACAUUUGCGCAGUAGUAAAAUGACACAGAAAUGCUAGA